CUGACAGAGAGCAGAAUGUGUUGACAGAAGAAGAAAGAUAAAAGCAGAGAAUGUUGUGACAGACUUCUGACCUGAGGUCCUCACUGGUUAGACGGAGGGGUGUGCUCAGCCCAGGCGUUCCUUGACCUGCUUCCACGGCUCAGUUCUGGUUUUACUUUGCUUCUCACCCUGUAGGAAACAUGCCGUCCCUCUCUGUGCCACCACCUAAAUGUCUGCAGAAACCCCUGGUGGUUCCUCAUCAUCAUAUGUUUGGACCAGGACCUUCCAAUGUUCCUCCACGUAUCUUGGAAGCUGGAGCCAAUCCUGUUAUUGGACACAUGCAUCCAGAGAUAUUUGAGAUAAUGAGUGACAUCAAAAGUGGAAUCCAGUACAUGUUCCAGACUCAAAACAAGAUGACUCUUGCUGUGAGCGGCACCGGUCACACUGCGAUGGAGUGCGCAAUCUUCAACACAGUGGAACCCGGAGACAGUGUGCUGGCAGCAGUGAAUGGUAUCUGGGGGGAGCGAGCAGCAGAGAUGGCAGAGAGGAUAGGUGCCAAAGUAAACACCAUAGUGGCGCCUCCUGGUGGCUACCUCACUAACACAGACAUUGAGAAGGCUUUAUCCAAACACAGGCCGGCGCUGUUCUUCCUCGCUCAUGGAGAAUCUUCGACAGGAGUUCUGCAUCCGUUAGACGGCAUCGGACAGCUGUGCCAUAAGUACAACUGCCUGUUUCUUGUCGACUCCGUGGCUUCAAUAGGAGGAACCCCUCUCUACAUGGACCAGCAAGAGAUAGACAUCCUGUACACAGGCUCCCAAAAGGUCCUGAAUGCCCCUCCAGGUACAGCACCAAUUUCCUUCAGUGAGAGAGCAUGUCAAAAAGUCUUCAAUCGGAGGACAAAGCCUGUGUCAUUCUUCCUGGAUUUGAACUGGCUUGCAAACUACUGGGGAUGUGAUGACAAGCCAACUAGAGUAUAUCACCACACAGGUCCAGUCACUGCUUUUUACUCUCUGAGAGAGAGUUUGGCUGUCCUUGCUGAAGAGGGUCUAGAAAAUAGCUGGGAAAGACAUGAAACUGUGGCAGAGUAUUUCCAUGCUGGACUGGAGAGCAUGGGGCUCAAACUUUUUGUCAAAGAAAAACAAGCCAGACUGCCGACAGUUACCACAAUUGUUGCUCCUUAUGGAUACGACUGGAAAGAGAUUAUGAGCUACAUCAUGAAAACACACAAUUUAGAGAUUUCUGGAGGACUCGGACCAUCAGUCGGUUUGGUGCUGCGUGUGGGACUGAUGGGAUGUAACAGCAGCAAGGCUAACGUUGACAUGGUGCUGGCAGCACUAAGAGACGCUCUGAAACACUGUCACAGGAGCAAAGUUUAACAUGUUUGGUGCUGUAAAGAUCAUUUUGAAUCAAUUCAGAAGUGUAAUAGAUAAAUGAUAAUUCUUAGUAAUUGUCCUUGUAAAGCUAAAUCUCUAUUUGAAUUAGUAUUUUUUUUGUUUUCUUAUCUCAUAUAAACAGAUAGAAACAACUAAUUGAACAUGACAAUUUUCAACUGUUAAUGGUGAUAGAUUUCACAUUUCAUGCCAUAUCCCACUGUCUUUAAAGCCAGUUAAAAUCAGUGUUGUUGUGUUUUUUAAUUUGUUUAUGUUUUUGUUUUAGUGGCCAUCUGUUGCUAUUGUUUUCUGUUCAUAUCCAAAACUAAGUGGACAUCAUUCACUGCCCUAAUUACAAAAUUAAACAUUAGCACCUUAUUAUUUUGGAAUAAUUACUAAUUCAUGUAAAAAAAAAAUGUAAUUUUUUUUUUUUUUUUUUUUUUAAAGUACAUUCUGUGAGUCUUUGCCACUGGUUCACUGUCAAAGAUUUUGUUUUAUUUUAUUGAGCUAUAAGAAUUGAAGCUCCUAACUUCUAAGGUGAGAAAGAUGUCAUUUAAACUAGCACAUACUGCUGUUACUCAACAACUUUUCCUCUUAGAUACAAUGAAAUAUCAGUACUAAUUGCUCCUUUGUUGUAAAUUAGGCACUUUAAUAUCUGUACAUUGUGGACUUAUUUACUUAUUAUGUGGAUUAAUAAAAGUGUUAAAAUCUC